UUUCAGGGCGGAGCAGGCGGAAGUAGGGUGAGAAGCGGCUACACCGCCGAGCGGAGGAGGUAGCGACCCGAUUUCCAGAAGCAGCUGGGUGGGCACCAUGGCCGGGAUCACCACCAUCGAGGCGGUGAAGCGCAAGAUCCAGGUUCUGCAGCAGCAGGCGGAUGAUGCCGAGGAGAGGGCCGAGCGCCUCCAGCGGGAAGUGGAGGGAGAGAGGCGGGCCAGGGAGCAGGCUGAAGCUGAGGUGGCCUCCUUGAAUCGCAGAAUCCAGCUGGUUGAAGAGGAGCUGGACCGUGCUCAGGAGCGCCUUGCCACUGCUCUGCAGAAGUUAGAGGAAGCGGAAAAGGCUGCUGAUGAGAGUGAGAGAGGUAUGAAGGUGAUUGAAAACCGGGCUCUAAAAGAUGAAGAAAAGAUGGAACUCCAGGAAAUCCAGCUAAAGGAAGCAAAGCACAUUGCAGAAGAGGCAGAUAGGAAGUAUGAAGAGGUGGCUCGGAAGUUGGUGAUUAUUGAAGGAGACUUGGAACGCACGGAGGAACGAGCCGAGCUGGCAGAGUCCCGUUGCCGAGAGAUGGACGAGCAGAUCAGACUCAUGGACCAGAACCUGAAGUGUCUGAGUGCUGCUGAAGAAAAGUACUCUCAAAAAGAAGACAAGUAUGAAGAAGAAAUAAAGAUUCUUACUGAUAAGCUCAAGGAGGCAGAGACCCGUGCUGAGUUUGCUGAAAGAUCGGUAGCCAAGCUGGAAAAGACCAUUGAUGACUUGGAAGACGAGCUUUAUGCCCAGAAACUGAAGUACAAGGCCAUUAGCGACGAGCUGGACCACGCCCUCAAUGACAUGACCUCUAUAUAAGCUGAAGUGCACCAAAGAGGAACACCUCUGUACACAAAGGAUGCUGGACCAGACUCUGCUGGACCUGAAUGAGAUGUAGAGCAUCCCCAGCCCCCGCCCCAUGGAUAUUCCUCCCUCUGAUCCUGACUCCGCCAGAGGCCAGCCUGCCUGAAGCUGACCUUGAAACUGAGGGCUGAUCUUUUUAACUGAAGGCUGCUUUCCCCUCCUGCCACCCUCUCUACCCCUCCUGUCUUUUUCACAAAACUGUGUCAGCCUCUUCCCAGAAUUCCAGCUCUAGGGGCUGACAUGUUUGGGAACAAUAUUUAAGGGAAUGUGAGCACAAUGCAGAGUGUCUUCAGUGCAGUUGUGACAUGCACAUUUUGAGUACUUUUGUCUAAGCAACCAUUUGUAACAUUCCCAGCACUUUGCAGCUUGGAGCAGCAACCCAGUUCCUUCCACUGUCGGAAGGUGACAUUUCAGCCUAAUGGAUACUGACUCCUCCAUAGAGGAGGACCACAGGAACCGGCCUGCCUUGCUGAGACCCAGACAGACUCCACUGUGGGAGACCUCAGUGCUCUGCACCAAGGCCUAGCCAAACAACAGGGAAUUCUAGGAAGUUAGCCAAAACAAAAAACUGUUCCGGGCUGUGAAGGUUUUCAGCUGUGAUAUCUGUCAACAACUUUUCGCAUGUUUUUAUUUUUACCUUUUCCAUCAGAUGUGACCAAAUAAGAUGGUGAGAUGUCUGAGCUGCCCCCAGCUCCCAGGGCCCUGUGGGUGUUAGGCAAGUGUGCUGCUUUAGCCUGGGUGUGAGCCCAGACUUGUCUCAUCUCUACCCCUUUUCCAGCUGCUCACAAAAUGGAUCAUGUUGCCCCUUAGUGUUGAGGUGACCCCUGAGGGAGAAAGGGAAGGAAGAUUAUGUUCGUGCCACUGAUUUAGCCACAGGAAAGUCAUCUCAUCACCCUUUCCUGAAGCUGCUGUCUCUAAAGUGCCAGCUCAUUGUGCUUUGUGUCAGUCAGUGCUGGAGAAAUCUUGAAUAGCUUAUGUAAAAAAACAAAAAAAAAACAACUUUUUAAAUUUUAUAUUAUUUUGAAAUUUUGCUUUUGGGGGGGUUGGGUUACCUUGGCCAACCCAUUACCUGUCCAAAUUCUUUGCAGUCUGUGGCUGCUGGUGUGCUGAUCUUUUGUGUCCCCACCCAAUCGCCAUGUUCAGGUGGUUCCUCCAGGCCUGUUAGGUCGACACCCUGCCGCUUCCUGGCUUGUUUGUAUUCUUCUCCAUCUGGAAGAAGAGAACCCCAUAGUGCAACUGUUUUGAUACUGAAUAUUGACAUUUUGGAAUAAAGAACCAGUCCCUCCA